GGAUUUACAGAAAAGAUAUCGAGUGGACUUUCUUCUCUGAAGCGAGUUUUGUCAACCUUCACAAGUGAAAGGUCACAUGAUAUUAUGCAGCACAUCCAAAAGCUAGAAACUGAGAGCCAAAAUUUUGUUACUAACAUCAUCCAUACACUUAGUUCAAAAUACAGUUUUGUAUUACCACAGGAAUUUCACCUUCAAUACGAAUUUUCUGAAAAACUUCCUGACUGUAAAAUCACUAAAUACCAAGAAAACCUUAAGCAAAUCAAGUCGGAAACAGUAGCCAAAACCGAGAAAGGCGAACACCAGUGCAUCAGUAGUGAUAAAGUAAUCAGUGACGAAGCAACAUUUGCCUAUAUCUUCACACGCCAGACAUAUCUCCAUCCACGUGACUUGAACAUUAAGACAUGUUCAGGCUUUAGUGCAGUACCAAAAGGAAUGAUCGUAAAACAAAAGAUUGCAACUGCAUCUACUGGUGUUAUAUUUGGAUGGUACAAAAUGCAACCAUGGCAGCAAAAGAAAUGGGCUUUCUUUAUGAAGAAUUCUAACACAACAUUAUCAUAAUCUUGAA